GCAUGCUUGUCCUGCAUCCAGUGACUCUGGGAAUUUAUCUUCAGCUUUUCUUCUGCUUCACCGUGUCUCAGCCCACUUUCCUCACCGGCGUGCUCCCGAUUUCAGCAGCAGCCCUGCCUGGCCUGGAUCAGAAGAGGCGCGGCGGCCCCCGAGCAUGCUGCCUGCUGACGCCCCCGCCGCCCCCGCUGUUCCCGCCACCCUUCUUCCGAGGGGGCCGGGGCCCGCUUCUCUCCCCAGACAUGAGGAAUCUCGUCCUGGAACUGGAGACGGCGCAGUCCCCGUGUGCGCAGGGAUCACUCAGCUCAUCUGGGCCUCCGGGCCCCCAGGGCCCGCCCGGGCUUCCUGGCAAGACUGGACCAAAGGGAGAGAAGGGGGAGCUUGGUCGACCAGGAAGGAAGGGCAGACCCGGACCCCCAGGAGUUCCUGGCAUGCCUGGGCCUGUUGGCUGGCCUGGCCCUGAAGGCCCCAGGGGUGAAAAAGGUGACCUGGGUCUGAUGGGCUUGCCAGGGUCAAGAGGACCAAUGGGCUCCAAGGGCUACCCUGGAUCCAGAGGGGAAAAGGGAUCCAGAGGUGAAAGGGGUGACUUGGGUCCCAAAGGAGAAAAGGGUUUCCCAGGAUUUCCUGGAAUGUUGGGGCAGAAAGGAGAAAUGGGGCCGAAAGGCGAGCCUGGGCUCACCGGCCACCGGGGGCCCACAGGCAGACCAGGGAAACGAGGCAAGCAGGGGCAGAAAGGAGAUAGCGGCGUGACAGGCCCCCCAGGCAAACCUGGGCCUUCUGGUCCACCUGGCCGUCCGGGUCUCCCAGGCCCCCCAGGUCCCCCCUCCGCAGGACAACUUGUGAUGGGACCCAAGGGGGAAAGAGGAUUUCCUGGGCCCCCAGGAAGAUGUCUUUGUGGACCCCCCAUGAAUGUGAAUAACCCUUCCUACGGGGAGUCUGUGUACGGGCCCAGCUCCCCACGAGUUCCUGUGAUCUUUGUGGUCAACAACCAGGAGGAACUGGAGAGGCUGAACACCCAGAACGCCAUCGCCUUCCGCAGAGACCAGAGGUCCCUGUACUUCAAGGACAGCUUUGGCUGGCUCCCCGUCCAGGUACCCAAGCUGACACCUGUCCACCCUCGGGACUACCCUGGAGACCACCGCAGCUCCUGCGGGGACGGGGUCCUGCAGUCGGGGGAGGAGUGUGACGACGGGAACACAGACGCGGGCGACGGCUGCAUCCGCUGCCGCCGGGCCUACUGCGGAGAUGGCCACCGACACCGGGGCGUGGAGGACUGCGACGGCACUGACUUCGGCCACCUGACCUGCGAGACCUAUCUCCCCGGGUCGUACGGAGACCUGCGCUGCACGCCGUACUGCUUCAUCGACUCCACGCCCUGCCGCUACUUCACCUGAGGGCCCCCAGGAGGAGGCGGCGCCCUGCAGCGCCGCCAGCAGCUUUUCUGCUCUCAGCAGACUGACUGACCUCGCCCCGACCUGGUCCAGUGUCCACCGCCUUCGUGCCACAGAAACAAGGGCAAACUCUCGCUGCUAAGACAAGCUUGUAACGCAGGCCGAAUGCAGGAACCGAGGACCCCCGCGCCCUGUCUUCACCGCCAAACCCCGGCCUCCACCCCGCGCCCAGCGUGACCUUGCGGCGGGACGAAUAUACAUGUCCGCAGGGCGCUUUGCCUUCCCGACGUGGCAGACUUGGCUCCGCACUGUUAGGCUCACACAGACUGUUUGCUCCCGUCCGCGGGGGGUGGUCCGGGGGCGCAGCCUCUCGGCCCCCGUGACCUCUGGAAACGCAGGCAUCUCCCCGGCCGCUGGCGGGGGGGCUCCCCGGGCCUGGGAACCACCGGGUAGGGAGACGGGUUCUCUGGAGGUGGCCCCAGACCUUGGCCCGCUGAGACAUUCCCCGCGCCCCCCCGCCCCGCCCCUGAGCUGGCCACAGCCUCAGGCGGAGGCCUUCGCUAGGCAAGCGCCCCAAAUGUGA